AUGGAAGAGAAGAGGGCAGGGAGCCUGCUGCUCCGAACUCAGCACUGGUCCCACAGCUGGUACCCCAGAGUACCUGCCUCCAGCACACCCCAGGACCCCCAGAGUGCCCUUAGGUCCCCGGGUGGCCUCAGGUCCCCUAGGGGAGGCAGCCUUGCCCAGACUGCCCAAGGCCUCCCUAGCCGUGCCCUGGCUCGCCCAGAGGAUGCUGGGCCCACGGCCCAGGGGUCCCUCCAUAGGAAGAGGCACCUGGUACAGACACUGCUGGUGAGUGGGGUGAGAGGCCCCUAG